GCUCAAUUUCCCAGAGUUCCGGGACGCUUUCCUCCGCCUUCAGGAGGAGUUGGAGGUGGUGGACAAGCCCAAUGACGAAGCCAUGAGGAGGCUCUUUCAGAAGCACAGCGGCCAGCCCGAUCCGAAGACAGGUGGUUUGGGUCUCGGAAGGGAAGAGUACGAGGCACUCCUUUUCCGCAUGCUGACCUUCAUGCUCGCGAGCGGGGAG